AUGGAGGACGCAAACAUCACUCACUUGGCGGCCGUGUACCCUCAUGGCCAGGUGCCCGUUCUGGACGUUCACAACACAUACACAGACUUCUACGACAUGGACUAUGGCGUUCCUGCAGAGGAGAUGCCGGACACCACGCAGGGCCUGGCCUACUUCGUGGCCACCAUCGUCAUCGGAGCCGUGCUCGUCUGCAUCAUUCUGGUGUGCGGCUUCGGCAACUUCCUCUUCAUAGCCACUCUGGCCCGAUACAAGAAACUCAGGAACCUCACCAACCUGCUGAUCGCCAACCUGGCCAUCUCCGACUUCAUAGUGGCUGUGGUCUGCUGUCCUUUCUUGGUGGAUUAUUAUGUGGUCAAGCAGCUCUCCUGGGAGCAUGGGAAAGUGAUGUGUGCCUCCGUCAACUACCUCAGGACUGUGUCUCUCUAUGUGUCCACCAAUGCCUUACUGGCCAUCGCCGUUGACAGGUACAUGGCCAUUGUUCAUCCCUUGAGGCCCAGAAUGAAGCACCAGACCGCAUACUGCCUCAUAACGGGGGUGUGGAUCGUCCCGGUGCUCAUUUCCAUUCCCUCCGCGUACUUCGCCUCCACGACCAGAGUCCCCCACGGAGCAAACCGCAGCAAGACUUUCUGCGCCCAGAUCUGGACGGUGGACCAGCAGCUGUACUACCGCUCUUACUACCUGUUCAUCUUCGCCGUGGAGUUCGUGGUGCCUGUCCUCACCAUGGCCCUGUGCUACCUGCGCAUCUCCAGAGAGCUCUGGUUCAAGAGCGUGCCGGGUUACCAAACAGAGCAGAUCCGCAAACGCCUGCGCUGCCGCAGGAAGACGGUCAUGGUGCUAAUCGGCAUUCUCAUGACGUACAUCCUCUGCUGGGCUCCGUACUAUGGCUACACCAUCCUGCGCGAUUUCCACCCUACACUCAUCUCCCGCGAGAGGAACUCUCUGGUGGCGUUCUACAUUAUCGAGUGCAUUGCCAUGAGCAACAGCAUGAUCAACACAUUCUGCUUCGUCAGUGUAAAGAACAACACUGUCAAAUACUUCAAGAGGAUCAUUCUCCUCCGCUGGAAAUCCACCUACACCUCCAGGAAGAGCGCAGACGAGACAGACAUCAAUCCCCACCUCACCGAAUGUAGAAAGGGAGCCGAGCUGAGUGGUUUUCAUGUCACCCAUAUUACAGAUGAUUAG